AUGGACUACAGAUCCUCUUACCGCCAACAUGACCGCAACGGUCCACAGCAGGACUCGUAUGCUCCACCACCAAGCGACUACGUAGAUGAUGCUUACGACCGUCCCAGAAAACGCGGCCGAUCUCCCUCCCCAUCCUACUACCGCGACCAGAGGCGUACCAGCGGUUACAACACUGACUAUAACCCGGCAGACCCUUGGGAUCGUACCUCACGCGACUACCGCGAUCCUUCCCCUUACGCCUCUCGUCCGCCUGCUUACGACUCAUAUCGCUCCUCCGACCCUUACGAUGACCGCUCCGAUCGAUCGCGUGCCCUAGAAUGGGAACGCUACUACCGCGAACGUGACCGUGAACGUGAGUCGCGUGACCACGACUACCGCCCCUCUACUUACGACGACCGCGAGCGAGAGCGUGAUCGCUACGAAGCCAGGUCCAGAUACGACGAUCCUCCACCUCCUGCAGACAGAGAUGAUCGCACACGUCAACGCGAACGCGAGCGCAACCUUCCGCCGUAUGACUCUCAGUACCGCAGAGACGACCCAUCUCACGCCUCGGAUUCCAUCUCCAGACCACCCUUCGAGCCGCACUCUGCCCCCGACCCCAUGCAGUCCGAUUCGCUCUUGCAAUUCCGCCAAUACGCUCACAUGAUUAAGGCCGCUCAUCCAUCCGCACGUGAUAGAUCCAUCGAUCAGCCUUCCACACAGGAAAUCUACGAUGGCUACCAAGCCUACAAAGCUGCCUUCAAUAAGAAAGCCAUCCGCCUCUUCUUCGACCAGCGCAACCACGAAGCUUGGUUCAAGGAGAAGUAUUCUCCCGAACAGCCAUGGCUCGACGCGCGCAAUCAGCGCAAACGAGCUGCUCGUGAUGGCAAAAAGCAAGCUUGGCUUCAAGAGCUCAACGACGGCAAACUCGACAAGCUCAAUUAUGAUAUCCAAGACUCGCACGAAAGCGACUCCUCCAACUCGUACGACCCGGACAACCACCAUCACCACCAAGACCAUCAUCGCGGCCGAUCCGAGCCCAACGACGUCACGCUCCUUUCGCGCUACGGCGAACCCGAGGUUCUGCAUGCAGAGCAGGCCGUCAUUCCUGCUUGCCACCACCAGAUCCUCAUCAAAACGUUCCCGGCUGACGUCCCUAGGGAGAAGCUUGAGGAUGUGCUCAAGACUAAACCUGGAUUCCGUUAUCUCGCAAUGGGCGAGCCGCACGUCGCAAAGCGAUGGCAUCGCGUCGGCUGGGCCAUGUACGAACCCGACAUCGAUAUGGAAGACACGCUCAAUGCGCUUCAGGGCAAAGACGUCGAUGGCUUCACCCUCAACCUGGCGCCUUGCUCCAAGCCCACCUCGAGCAAGCUGCGCACCGUGCCCGAGUUCGCCAACUCAUUCCAACGUCUUCUGAUCGACCUCAAACACUGCAAGCAGCUGCUCGAACGCUUUGAGGUCGAGGACCGCGAUGUGCUCUUCCGCGACCACCAGGCUGCCUCGGAGACAAAGUCAUGGCUCGACACUAGCGGCUCCGAAGCCAUCCUGCAACGUCUUCGAGUCAUCGAAUCCGACCUCGUAGAUGAAGAUCUUGAACGCGGUUUCGAACCGGACGAAGACGUGGAAAAGCGCGAGCAGCGUCGCCGAUGCAUCAAGAAGCAGCUCGAUCUGCAUCUCGAUCUCUUGCGCACCGUCUACCACUGCGAUUACUACAUUUCGCUCGUCUGCGAGUUUGAGGAGGAGCUGCUGCGUCGAAGCCCACGUCACGGUCGAAAGCAGCCUGCUGCGGGUGUGCUCGUCGAAGAGCCACGUGAAAACACCAACGACGAAUCUUGGGCACGCAGCGUUGACCAGAAGACGAGUCUGCUGCUGGCGGAUGAGAAGAGCGACUUGACCGACGUGGGAGGCAAAAGCAUCGACGCCGAGCUCAUGGCUGCUGCGUUGCCUUUCAUCAAGGAAGAGGAGAAGGAAAAGCACCGUUGCACCGUGGCGCUCAACGACACCGCUCAAUGCGGCAAGCUGUUCAAAGCUGCCAUCUUUGUGCAGAAGCACAUUCUGAACAAGCAUCGUGCGUUCAUCGAGUCGACGGCCACGACGGCUUUGCAAGAGGCUAGGUUCUUCAACAACUAUGUGCGCGAUCCGUGCCGUGCCACGAGCCAGCUGGGUGCGAAUGCAAGAGACGGCGCGGGAGCAGCAGGAGGGGGUGCGGCGCUCGCGCACCGUUUGGACGGCAGCGGCAAUGGCAACAGUAACGGUGGCGGCGGCGCGGGGAUGUUUAACAGUGGUGGGAGGAUGGGUAUGAUCAGGUUCGGCAAUGCGAGUGCGGUUGAUUCGCCGCGUAGGGGUGCUGCGCCCGCCGGUGCGGUGGGAGGUCCGUCGCUGGGGUUGCGUCUUGGAGGCGUGGUGGCAGCGUCCGACUCGCCCGUGGGCACGCCGCUCAAGCCAGACCCGCUGCCCCCGCCGCCCAAACCGCUCGACCCACGUGCUCAGCGUGCCGCACCCAAGAGCUAUCAGGACCUCGACGGCGCUGCUGAGGGGGAUGUCGAUCUGGCGUACUGA